UAUAUAGACACUCACAAACAUACAUGUGGUUGUAUUAUAUAGGCUACCCUAACAAUAUUUUUUUUAACUAAGUUUUUAUAAAGUUAGACCAAGAACCUUUCAAACCAAGAUUAACGAAGAAACGAAGGCUUGUCGUUUUGUAAAUGUCCGUGUCGUUUGAAGUGUUUGUUGUAUGAACAGUCUGAGUCUGUUAAGCUCAAAGUAAACACAGCAGCACACAAAAGCCUCGAAUGAGAUCUCGCGCAGGUGAGCUGCUGGAGCGCGUCACAGAUGAGUGACAGCUUCAUUUCAGUGUGUUCGCCUCGAAGCUGCGUUCGCCCCGCCCCUUUCGAAAUUUCGUGUAUCCAAUCAUGCGUGUCCCCCUCAAGCUAUCGGGCUGAGAAGUCACGCUGCUGGAGCGAAAGGGGAAAGAUAUCCACUUACAAAGACACCCGAUAUCACUCGCAUGGCGCACGGGUAACCUGAUCGGCUUUGGGCAGAAACGAGGCGGGGUGACGGACUAAAGGAAUCUAUAGGUGAAGAAUAUAAACAAUGUCUGUUUCCUCCAGUGAAGUGACAGUGACCGGCGAGAUCAAAGAGGAAAAUGUGAAGUACACGGAGCCUCUCGAGAGCUCCACAGAUAGUCGGGGGCACGUCAAACUCCUGACUCUGGACACUCCGGUGGCCACCGGGAUGCUCGUCGGGCAGACCUCUCCACCGGAGCGCAAGAUGCCCACUAUGGACUCUUUGUCUGCGCACACUUCACCCGCGGAAGCUGCGACCUCUUUGGCUUUUUCACCAGAACAGGUUGCGUGUGUUUGCGAGGCUCUUCAGCAGGGGGGCAACGUGGAUCGACUCGCCCGGUUUCUGUGGUCUCUACCGCAGAGCGACUUACUGCGCGGUAACGAGAGUAUCCUCCGCGCUCAGGCGCUGGUGGCCUUCCAUCAGGCGCGCUACCAGGAGCUUUACAGCAUCUUGGAGAGCCACAGCUUCAGCCCUUCGUGCCACUCUGCCCUCCAGGACUUAUGGUACAAAGCUCGGUACACGGAGGCGGAGAAGGCCCGCGGUAGACCGCUGGGCGCAGUGGAUAAAUAUCGCCUGCGACGGAAGUUUCCCCUGCCCCGGACCAUCUGGGAUGGAGAGGAGACGGUGUACUGCUUCAAAGAGCGCUCCAGGAAUGCUCUAAAGGAACUCUAUAAGCAGAACCGGUACCCGUCCCCAGCCGAGAAAAGGAAUCUGGCCAGGAUCACAGGACUGUCCCUCACACAGGUCAGCAACUGGUUCAAAAACAGAAGGCAGAGAGACAGAAACCCGUCAGAGGCGCAGUCCAAAAGUGAGUCAGAUGGAAAUCACAGUACGGAGGAUGAGAGCAGUAAAGGUCAGGAGUCUCUGUCCCCGUGUCCGAUGUCAACCUGCAGUGAUGGGACCGUGCGUAAUGCAGUUGUGUCUCUCUGCUCUGGAGCUCUGGAGGCCGGGGUCAUCGUCCAGCAGGGUGCAGACAGCAGGAACUCUGUCUCGCCAGCAUCUGUCAUCUUUAACGGAGUCUCAGUCAACACUCCCACCUCUGUUUUCCACAACGGCACCCCUUCAUUUCUCUCCACCACAGGACACGUCCUCUUUAGUGGCAUGAACUUGGGACUCCAGUCCCUGGCUUGCAGAUCAGCAGCAGAUCUGGAGAUGGAUGGUGCAGGAGAGGAUAAACCAGUAACGGCAGACCCUGCACUUGCGUACACCUCGUUUCACUGCACUGUGAAUGGGACAGACAUAGAGGUGAAAGCAGAGAAUGUGAGGCAGGAUGUGUCAGUCCAGGACCAGACCACAUCUAUUAGCUCGGCAUUCAACGUGACUCCAUCUGACGGCUUGCAGCUUGUAGGUUACAACUUGGUUUCUGAAGGCAAUGGGACCUCGCUGCUCAGCAACAAGGUGGUACUUCCUUCCUUGCAACUCUCAUCCUCUUCUUCACCCUCAUCAGGCAUUGUUGAUGGCAGUUCUCCUGCUCCCGCCUCUCUGUGCCACAACCAGGUGGAGGAGCAGGACAGGCUGCAGCUGACCUCUCUUGAGCCCAGCACAGCACUCUACAGCCUGGUUCGUGUACACACACAGUCUGCUGUGAAGAAAGAACCUAUGGAGAAUCAUGGUGGAUACCUUUACCACCUGGGUUACAGUCCUGACCCCACCCACAGCUCCCCCACCUCACUUAACACAACCAUGGCAACCACCCAACAAGACUACACUACUCUCACAGUGAGCGCACCCUUACUCGCCCAAACGGACCUUACCGGUGAGUUCAGAGGUCAUGAUGCCCAGAUGACCUCAAACCUAAAUGGAAACUUCCUAUGUGCGGUUUCAGAGGGGGCGAAGGGUGAGAUGAGAGAAAUGGAGGAAGAAGGGGAAAAACACCUGACAAAACUAAAAACUGUGCAUAUAGAAGAGAUGACUGACCUUUGAAUUUAAGUGGAGAAAGAGGUAAAAUACUUCUUACCAAAAAUCACAGCAUUAUUUUGAAAUAUUGAUUGAGGGUUUUUUGUUUUGUUUUCAGCCUUUGAAAGUUUUGAUGUUAUGUUUUUUUAAGUGUUAAAUUAUUUUGGUGAAUCUGUCACUUGGUUUCACUCCAGUUUGGUUUGGAGAAUCUAUGCAAAGUCAUAUUUGGAGGACACAGCUUUUGAAAGUGCCCCCCCCCCCACACACACACACCUUCUUUCUAUUUCCACACACAGGUUUCUUUUCAACUAUACUCCAUAAGUAUGAAGAAACAGGAAACAGAGUAUCAUAAUAAAAUCUUUUUCCAGAUAAUAUUUGAAACACAUUUAAAUAUAUUUUUAUUUUCCCAGUAGAAUGAAGCUGCCUUUAUAUUUAAGGAAUGGUCUCCUUUGCUAUGGGAAUAAUUAUUUGGAAGUCAAAAAGUUUGAAAACCCCUGGUAUAUAAGAAGAAUAUUUUUUCCAUAUUUCCUCUAAUCCCUUCCAUCAAUCAUUUCAUAUUUAUUUAAGUGUUUACAUGCAUUUUUGAACUACAAAUACCAGACGGCUCUCAUUUUCUCACAGUCGCUCCCUCUAUCUCUCUUCCUCUCACAGUGGGAAGUGUGGACAUGUGUGUGUUUUAUGAGAGUCACCUGCUAGUUUCUGCCAAGAAGAGUUGAGUUUAUCAGACAGGUGGACGUCUGGUCAUGUGUCAUCUGGGUCAGACCUUAAAGGUCACCUCCCCAUGGAAACACACAUGCACAGACACACUUUAUUCACAUGCAGAUUAAAAAUACAAAAUCUGUGACAAUCUUGGUGGCAUUGUCAUGGUCAUAUCAUCGCCUUCCAAUCACAUUACUAAUAGGCAAAUAAUUAGUAUUGUAGACAAUUCAAAUAUAAAUACAAAUACACAAUGUUUGCUUAUACAAAUUAAGGGAUGAGUCAGAAUGGUGGAUGGUAAUCAAAUGCUUGUCACAGAUGCUGUAACAGAUGUUGUAUGACUGUUAAAGUUUAGGGUAUUAUCUGUGCAUAAAAAUAAUGCUAAGAACUACUUGUUUCAUUUGACAUGCAAACUGUUUUCAGAAGGAAAUUAGGGUAACUUAAUCCUUCAGAUCAUUCAAAAUAGUGAAAGCAAUUGUUUUCCUAAAGGAUUUGAUUCAGUUUACCAUCUGGGUUUUACAAUGAUCCAUCCCUGCAAGCACACAAUGAGAAUUUGCUGUCAGAACUAAUAUUACCUAAAAAGCAAUAACAAGCAAUAAGAAAAAUAACUUUGUUUGAUGUGAAUAUGAUUGUGUAUGUGAGUGAUUUGUAUGUGUGUGUAUAUGGAAGAGUGUGUGUUUUUGGUUCCAGUAGUUUUUGGUUUUGAGUUUGUUUUUUGUGCCUCCUUGCAACGUGCGGUUGUUCUUCAGGUUGCCUGGAAUUUCUUUAAUGGUGUUUGGUGCUGGUUUGACAUCUGCAGUAUUUAACUCUAUGACAAAAGCUAUGCAACCAUUCUGGGAAUGAGAAAUGACUUUUAGAAAUGAAUGAAAAGUCUCCUACAGGAUUAUCAGACAUUAAAGGGAUAUAGGUUUGAAAUGAGCUAACGUAUGGCUAUAAAUAUAUGAGCAAAAAGCAAAACAGCCUUGUGAAUAAUAUUUUAGCAUGAAC